CUCAACUGGAGGUCAUAUACUUUUGUGGCUAGCUCUUGGAUCAAUCCAUCAACCAACACAUAUCGUUGCUUGUUCGUCAAGAAAGCCUCAAAAAAAUGGCCCAACAGCGCAAUCGAUACCCAGCCCGAGGCAGCCCAAUUAAGCCCAAUGAAAUGGGCGGGAACAUUGUUCAAAAGUGCAUCCUAGCAUUGUAUAUAAUGUUCGACCACAUAGUGGAGUUUGCCCAGGAUCUAGUGAACACCAUGAAGAUACGUUGUGACAAAUUUAUUAAGAGCAUGCACAUGAACCUCCUGGAAGGUAUGGCAACGACGUCAAAGCAAGAUUUCGGCCUCAUGUACGAGCAGGAUAGGGAGGUGGUUAGAACUAAAGAGGGAGAAAAGAAAGAAGUGGCGAAGAAGCUGAACAAGUUGUCGAUGCAGGUGACCAGUACUGCAAGUCAAGACCGCAAAAGCAUCCGAUGUGUGGUACAUGUGGAAGAAACCAUCCGGGUGAGUGCUGGAGGAGCUUGGGGUUGUGCAUGGGAUGCGGGCACUCUGGCCAUUUCAGGAGGGAUUGUCCUGCGAACCCUGGUCCUCAAUUUCUUAUGGCUGCGACAUCUACUCAAACGACGGCUCCCCGACCUGCCCAAAGUCAGCGCUCAACGGCCCGAUCACAACCUCAGUGACCCUAGUAGGAGCAUCCGCCUCAGGCUGCACCACAUCAGCAGGGCUGAGCUCCACCGAGGACAAUAUGCUAUGCAAGGGCGUGAUGAUUCUAAUCCCGACGUCAUACUUGGCAACCAUAUUGGAUAUGUUGCUGGAUUGACCCGCUAUGAGAAUAAUAUAUGGAUGUCUAAUAACAACCAUAACCUCACUCUUCGCUCAAUCCUCGACAAAGAUAAGUUAACCGGCUCUAACUUCUUAGACUGGCAAAGAAACCUCGUUAUCGUUCUUCGACUCGAGAAGAAAGAAUAUGUGCUUGAACAAGCCAUCCCACCUGUCCCAGCCGCCAAUGCUUCUACAGCAAUCAAGGAUACUUAUGAGAAGCAUGUUGAUGAUGACAAUCAAGUGGCAUGUCUCAUGUUGGCUACGAUGACUUCUGACCUUCAGAAACAUCACGAGAGUAUGAAGGCGUACGAUAUGAUCAUACACCUAAGACAGCUCUACCAAGGACAAGCUAGGCAUGAGAGAUUCCAAAUCUCCAAAGCUCUCUUUAGUUGCAAGUUGUCAGUUGGAAACCCCGUUGGUCCGCAUGUUCUCAAGAUGAUUGGCUAUGUCCAAACUCUUGAGAAAUUGGGUUUCGAACUAAGGACUGAACUUGCAACUGAUCUGAUUCUGCAAUCGUUGCCAGAGUUGUACAAGCAGUUUGUGGUUAAUUAUGAGAUGCAUGAACUCGAUAAACCGCUGCCAGAACUUUUGAAGAUGCUGCAAACUGCUGAAGAGAGCUUGAUGAAAGGAAAGGGGAAUUCUGUCCUUCUAGUUCAAGGAGGAAAAGGCAAGAAGAAGUUCAAGAAAGCAAAGAAGAAUGGACCUAAAGGCAAGGGUAACACCAAACCAAAGUCAAAUUCUUCUAAGCUCGAGCCUAAAGGUGGAGUGGCCAAAGAUUCCAUUUGUCAUCACUGUGGUGAAGUUGGCCACUGGAAGAGGAAUUGCAAGCAGUAUUUGGCAACCAAGAAAAAGGGUGAAGCUUCUGCUUCAGAAACUGAAGAGAAGUAGGAGUGUUGAUCUUGAAGAUGCAAGGGUUGCAGCUUUGUGGCGCACUAGUUUAAGUUUUAGUAUUUGAUCAGUUUUCAAUUUCGAAUUGAUGUUUACUUAUUGUUUUAAGUAUUAUUGGUUAUUUCAAUAAAGGACAAAUUGUUGCUCCAUUUAUAGAAGUAUUUCAUAUGAUCAAAUAUUUUGCCUCACAAGCAUAUCGCAAUACAACAACUAUACCAAGGCUACAAAGUACAAAUAUUAAUCAGUUAAUAAGUUUGUCACAAAAUUAUGAAUGAAGUGAUAACCACUUA